CUAUUUAAUCUGGCAUGGGACUACGGGUCUAUAGUCACAGAUUUAUCUUGCUUUUAUUUUAUGCGUAUGGGUGUUUAGCGUGCAGGUAUGAAAGUACAGUCAUGACGUAGAGCCCAGAAGAGAGCAUUAGAUCUCCUGGGACUGAAAUCUCAGAUGUGAACGGCCACAUGGGUGCUGGCAGUUGAACCCAGGUCCUCCUUGCUCUUAACCUGCUGAGCCAUCUCUCCAGCAUCCAGAUCUCUAUUCUGUAGAUUGUCCACUCUUACCUCCCAGACACUUAGCAUAAAACAUGGCUCUUGGGGGUGACCUGGGAGAGGGAGGAAGGACAGAUGUCAGUGGGGAAAGCCUGCAGAUUCGCAGAGCCCCACUAGCCCUGGCUGAUGUCUUGUCCUUGUAGAUGCUGAGCCCUGACAACUGGAGAGUUUUAAGCUGUUUUGAAAUUAAAGUCUUUUCCUUAAGCCUUUGAUGCCUUGGGAUUUAUUAUUAUUAUUAUUAACAGCAGCUUCACCACAUUAAAGGGACCUUUCAGGGAGGAGAAGCAGGGGAAAUAGUUCAGUUUGUAAAACAGAAGGAUGAGGACCUGAGAUUGGUCCCUAGAAGCCUUGUUUAUCAAGGGUGGGGGGGAUGGGGGCACCUGCUAGCAAACUCAGAAAGCUGCACCCCUGGAUCACACAUGGUGGGAGGAAGAGAACUGACCCCUUUCAGUUGUCCUCUGCUAGUGAGCCACGCACACGUGCACAGAAUAAACACAUACACAUACACAUACACACACAUACACAUAUACACACAUACAUGUACACAUAUACACACAUACACAGAACACUCGAAUACACAUACCUCUGCAAGCCCCACCCCCACCCCACCUCCACCAGGGAACCUUUUUCUAAAGACAAUGUAUCACUGUGUAGACCAGGCUGGCCUCAAACUCAGAGCCACUUACUCUGCCUGCAAGUGCUGGGAUUAAAGGCAGGGACCCCCGUACCUAGCCUUAGCCAGUUUCUCCCUUGAGCCCAGCCUCAUCCCUUGGUUUCCCUCUGUCCUUUUCAAUGAAUGCAUAUCUGUGUGGUGUUGAGACAGCUGUGAGUGGAUGGACAUUGUGUGUCCCCUUUCCCCAUGUGACUGUAUGGCCUUGGGACAGACUCUCCACCCCACCCGGCUCCCACCCGUCAUGGUUUUGUGACAGUCCACGGACGUCAUGCUUCCUCAUUUUCUCUGCCCUCCCCUUAACUGCCAAGAUCUUGUUCUCUCCCAGCUGUUGUGGUUAAGGCUUUGGUGAUGAAUAACUGAGUAUUUGGGACUUCUCCUUUGACACAGUUCCACUAGCUCUGUUGUGGAGGUGGCUGAAUUACUCUGUAGCCUAGGCAGGUCUUGAACUCGCUGUCCCCCUGCCUCAGGUCUUCAGCUCUCCCACAGUUGUGGGUACCCCUGUCCUGAGGUCAUUAGGAUGUAAGUAGUUCUUGGGAUGAGGUGCUGUGGCUUGUGAAAUGUGUCCAUCCUUACCCCAACACCCCCACCCACCCACCCACACACACACCUUUAUUCCUCCUAACCUUUUUUUCUGGCUCCUAUGUUAGGCAAGAUGAUAGAAGAGACAAGAUGUGACGUCAGUGAUCCAAUUGCAGUGUUACUUGGGGAAAACUUUGAAAUUGGCAGAGGAGAUCUGGGCUCUAGCACCACCUGAGUCCCUCACAGACUCCAUGGCCUUUGGCAAGUCACCUCUCCUUAUCCCUCACUGCUCCCCCAGUCCCCAAAGCCUCAGCCAGGCCACUGGGUUGGAUCAUCUCGGUGACCCCAGGGUGCCACAUUUCAACACCCACUCCUACCCAUGGGCUGACAAUCCACUGGUAUGUGGGAAGGACAUACCAGAGCCAUUGCAGCUGUCCUUUGGUGUCUACAAUGGAUUGGUUCCAGGUCCCCUUGGGACACCAAAAUCCACAGAUGCUCAAGACCCUUACAUGAGACAGCAUAAUGUAAUGUGUGCAUAUCCCCGGGGGCACCUUAAACUGUCUCCAAAGUCCCAUGUUCCAGUGCGAUGUGGAUGCUAUGAAAAUAGUUGCAUUAUGUUUCAGGGAAUAAAGAUGGGGUUGGGGUUGUAUGUGUUCAGUAUUUGUGUGUAUAGUGUAGGGGGUGUUUUGCCUGCCUGCACAUGUGUGUAGAGACUGGAGAUUGACAUGAUUAGCGGCUGUACAUGGUGGUUGCCUGGGUGGAGGUGGGGGCAUGCACUUGUCAUGGUGAGUGUGUAGAGGUGGGAAGACAGCUCUGUGAAGUUGGUCCUCUCCUCCCAUGUUUCCUAGGGUUACAGGGGUUGGACCCCGGUUGCUAGGUUGGGCCGAAGGUGCUUUACCAACUGAACUAUUCUUCCAGUCCUGUAUGCUACUUUCAAAAAAGUUAUUGUUAGAGGUAUUUCUUUUCUAUGUGUGAGUCUUUUGUGUGCAUAGUUGUACAUGUACCAUAUGCAUGCCUGGCACCUGCAGAGGCCAGAAGAGGGGACUGAAUCCCCUGGGACUAGAGUGACAAAGCCACUAUGUGGGUGCUAGAAAUCAACCGCAGCCAGUGCUCUUAACUCCUGAGCCAUCACUCCAGCCCCCACCCUAAGUGAGAGAAGAUAGGAUCUCUCACUAAGCUGGCUGACCAGGGGAGCCCCCAGGAUUUGCCCAUCUCCGCAUGACGUGUGUGCACCAGGGAUCGAACUCAGAUCCUUGUAGACGGCACAUGCUUUACCUGUUCCACUGAGUUCUCUCCCUAGCCUGUUUCUGAGAUCUUUUCUUUUGACUGAGUCCACAGAUGGGGAAUCACAGGUUUAGAAGGCUGGCCAUCUAUUAAUUGUGUUUUCUUAAAAGACAAAAACUGCCAGAGAAAUGGCUCAGUGGUUAAGAGCACCGACUGCUCUUCCAGAGGUCCUGAGUUCAAUCCCCAGCAACCACAUGGUGGCUCACAACCAUCUGUAAUGAGAUCGGAUGCCUUCUUCUGGUGUCUGAAGACAGCAACAGUACACUCAUAUUCAUGUUAUAAGUAAAUCUUUUUUUUAAAAAAAGGCAAAAACUAAAAAUUAAUGGCUGCAUGGUUGGUAAUUUGCACAUAGCCUAUAGGAACCCUGUGCAGGCAUGGUUAGCAGAGGAGAGGCAGGUGAUCUCUGAGUCUGAAGCCAGCCUGGUCUACAGAGUGAGUUCUAGAAGUCAGGGCUACAUAGUGAGACACUGUCUCAAAGCAAGAGUCGUGCGCACACACACACACACAGAGGACACUUGAGGUGGAUGUUCUUGCGUGGCACCUCCACACUGGAGGUUUAGACACUGACCUGGAGAAUUAACCAUGGCUUCAACCUGUGGUCUGGGCUGAGUCCCGUCUCUGAAAACCUGAUUGCUUGCCCUACCCAGGUAUUCUAGAGGUAUUUGUCGUGGGAUGAGAAGUGGGAGUCUUGAUGAUCGCUCGUGGUUCUGGCUCCGGCUCUUAUGUCUUGGAAUUGCGGGUGUGCAGGCAGAGGAUCUUAAACCAGUACAUCCCAAGUUCCUUGUAUAAACAGCAGACUUCAGACAUACCACAGUUUCCUGCCUCUAAUCCCAGCACACACCCCUCAGAGAACUCCUAGCCGUGUGUCAAAGCCGCAUAGCUCUGCUGUCCCUCAGCUGCCCCUAGCCCUCCACAACUCUUUUAAAGCUUCCCAAAGCCUAGUGAGUGUUCCAGAAAAUACCAGAUCUUUCUCUACUGUCAAAAGGCAGAGCGCUAGCUUCUCUGGGAGAGAUGUGGCCUGGGGUGGGCUGGUUUUCCUGUCCUGAUGUGAAAUAUUAGCCCUGGACACUUGGACAAAGUUAAGUUCUGCCCAGGGGCAGGGACAGUGCUGGCCCUGUGGAAAGAGGUAGGUAUGACUCUGGGAAAGGAUCCUGGAGUCCCCAUGGAGGCUGCCCUUUGGUCUGCCAUUGGGGACACCUCAACUCCUGUUGACCACAACUCUGAAACACUCCCAGGAUGUGUCCCUCUGUGUCCUCCCCAGGCACACUCAUGUCUUGCCUCCUCCUUGACCCAGAUUCCAGAAAAAAAGCAUCUGGACUGGAUUUCUGUUUCCCCCUCCCGCAUGGCUUCCAGGUCAGCCACCAAGAACUUUCCAGGGUUGUUGGUUUACAUUCCAAUACACACACACACACACACACACACACACACACACACACACACACCCCUACCUACCUCUUACCUGGCCUGUCCUCUGACCAUGUGGAUUUUUGUUUUAUCCCUAAAAUAUAAAAGCACAUUCCCACCGCAGAAAUGUCUGUGGUUUCUGCCAGCCAGGGUUUGACACAGCUGUCUUCUGGUUGCUCAAGGCUUGGUUCACAGUGCCCCUUCCUCAGAGGACCCUCCUCCAGUAUCGCCUCUUUACACCCCCACUCCCCCCCCCCACCGCCAACUCGCUGUCAGCUGUGCCUUAGGAAUGGUAAUGUUCUAUUUUCACUACCUGGAAGAGUACAGUCAUCCCUCAGUAUUCUUGAUGACUGCUUCUGGGACCUUUUCAGAUACCCGAAUCCCAGACGUUUAUCCCAGAGUCCUUUGUCUAAAAAUUGCAUGGUUUGCGUGUAGCCUGCACAUGUCUUCCUGUGUCCCUCAAGUAGGCUCUGGGUUCCUUGUAUACACAACACAGUGUGAAUGGUUGGUAGACAGAACUGAGCUAUCUUGCUUACAAUAAAUCAUACAGGAGAAUCUGUGCUGUAGAAUCCCCACCCCCACCCCUGUAGAAGGCUUUCUAACUGUGGUUGGCUGAAUCUUCGGGUAUAGAGAGAACCCUUGCAAGCAGAGGGCUGGCUGGGCUAAUCUGGAUAACAUGGGGGCCUACAAUAACACAGUUAAGUGAAUGAAUGAUAACUGAAACCACUUACAAGCAGUCUGAGCUAGCAGCUGGAGUUUCCAUGUGUUCAGCAUCCAGUGCCCUCUUCUGCUUAGCCACAUUGCCUAGAACUGGUCUCAAGAUGAGGAACCAGGGAAGGACUAACUGGGUGUGGUUGCCCUUGGAUGCAUAACUCUGUGGACUGACUGGGGUGAGCGAGAGGCCUGACUGGCUGGCUGGCUGACUAUCUCAGAAGAGCAUAGCUCUGGCUCCCGCCUCAGGCAGAGAUGCCAAGGACAGGCCACUGCCUGGGCAUUUGGACUGGGAUACAUUGAUGCAGCCUGAUCUGUGUGUCAGUCUGCUGGCCCAUCCGGGAAGCCCUCUGAUUGCCCUGUCUACCCUUUGCACUUGCUGGACUUGAGAUCUGACCCCACACCUGCCUGUUGCCUUGGGAGUGCCCAGCUCCCCCCACAGCCAGCAAGAUGCCCAUUCUCAAACAGCUGGUGUCCGGCUCUGUGAACUCAAAGCGACGCUCACGCGCGGACCUCACAGCGGAGAUGAUCAGUGCCCCACUGGGUGACUUCCGCCACACCAUGCAUGUGGGCCGGGGUGGGGAUGCCUUUGGGGACACCUCCUUCCUCACUAGCAAGACGGGCGAACCUGAUGGCGAGUCCUUGGAUGAACAGGCCACAUCGUCCAAACUCAGCCUCCUGUCCCGGAAGUUCCGGGGCAGUAAACGUUCACAGUCUGUGACCAGAGGGGACCGGGAGCAGAGAGACAUGCUGGGCUCCCUGCGGGACUCAUCACUGUUUGUCAAGAAUGCCAUGUCCCUGCCUCAGCUCAAUGAGAAGGAAGCCACUGAGAAGGACUCCAGCAAGUUACCCAAGAGCUUGUCAUCCAGCCCUGUGAAGAAGGCAGAUACGAGAGAUGGUAGCCCAAAGAGUCCCCAUCGGAACGGGGCCACAGGGCCCCACUCACCUGACCCACUCCUUGAUGAGCAGGCCUUUGGGGACCUGAUGGACCUACCCGUCAUGCCCAAAGUCAGCUACGGCCUGAAGCAUGCUGAGUCGAUCCUGUCCUUCCACAUUGACCUGGGGCCCUCCAUGCUGGGAGAUGUCCUCAGCAUCAUGGACAAGGACCAGUGGGGCUCGGAGGAGGAGGGAGAGGAGGAAGGCGGCAUUUACCGUGUCAAAGAAGGCCCCGGUGGCAUUGUCCAGGGGCCCCCUAUGCUGGAGGCAUCUCCUCGAGGGAGGCAGGAAAGCAAGGCCAGCUGGGACCAUGCCUCCAUGCUGCCCCACCACGCUCUGGAGGAUGACGGUUGGGCAGCGGUCGCCCCCAGCCCCAGCUCAGCACGCAGCGUGGGCAGCCAUACCACACGGGACAGCAGUUCCCUGUCCAGCUACACCUCAGGCGUCCUUGAGGAGCGCAGCCCAGCUUUCAGAGGCCCAGACAGGGUGGGGGCUGCUCCCCCAAGGCAGCCAGACAAGGAAUUCUCCUUCAUGGAUGAGGAAGAGGAAGACGAGAUCCGAGUUUGAGGCUGGACAGAAAGUUGAAAGUAGCUUCCACAGCUCUGGGCUGCAUCUUUUCCCUGCUGCUGCUGCCUUCACUAUGACCUUUGACCUUACUUGUAGGUGCAGCUAAGCCUCAUCGGAGUGGACCCUGGACCUCAGGGAUUGGGAUGCCCAGGGAGUAGCAUGAGUACUGGUGCCUGGCGGCCUGACUCUGACCUGUCCGUCCUUCCCGCACCAGCUUGGGACAGAGCCGAGUCUGCAGGAAUCCAUUCUCUUCCGGGCCCCUUGCUUCCAGCCUGGCCUCAGAUGGAUGCCAGAUGUUGUGAGUUCCUGCUGCAAUGGCAGAGCCCCAGGUGUGGCCUCAUGGACACUUGGUUCCCUUUUGUUCACCUCAUGUCUGGUGCCUACCAGGGAGGUAAUGCAGCAGGAGGCAGGGGUGCCCACAUAUUCGGGCUCCUCCUUCCUCCACCCUUGCCUCCUUACUGGAAGCCUGGUGCUCUUUGAGGUUCAGCUACAGCUGGGGGACAACUUCAACUAUUACACUAAAUGCAGCCUUUCCCAGGGGCCAGGACAGGAUGGGGCAGAGAAGGAACGCCCUGCUCCCAGCUUUUUGUGGUCUCAAGAAGGACCCCCCACCCCCCUCAGCAACACUAGAAACAGGAAAGGGGCCAGCUUGGCCGGCCCGUGGGUGUGUUUGUUCCUUGUUGCUAUGUUUAAACCUGAAUAGAGCACUGUCAGAAUCCCCCACCAGAAGAGCGACUGUCUUGGUGGCAGAGUGACUGUUAUCUGACCUGAGUUGGGGUGUACAGGCCCUGCCCAGUGUUUGUCCCUGAACCCCCCACCUCCAUAGCUGUUAAUGGCUGAAUGAGGAAAGUUCUGGAAUAUGAUGCUUAAAUAAUGCAUUAUAUCCCAGUGUGAUGUGUGCUUUGGCUCGUUAGUGUCCUCUCCUUGGGUUAAGGGCCAGGCUUAGCAAAAACACGAAACAAAACAGGACCAUAUUUGAUUUGGAUUCCAGGGAAAUGAACGUGGGUUUUUGUUUGUUUGGUUUUGGCUUUUUGAGGUACAGUCUCACUCUGUAGCCCAAGCCAGCCUCAAGCUCCUGCAAGCCUCCCUUUCCCUAGGAGCUGGGGUUACAAGUGUGCACCACAGUUCCUGGCUCUUUGUUUUUCUGAAAUCUGUUUUGCUCGGCUCCUGUAACUCUACCCAGAACAAGGGUAGAGGCUGGGACCUGAGCCCUGGGGAGGUGGUAGCUCAUUACUUUUCUGUGCUGGGAGCAGGCUGACACACUCCCUGGUCAAGCAUAGCCAGUGGGAAUCUGGGGAGAGAGCAAGCUAAAUUACAAGCAGAGUCUGGCCAGAUGAUGACCAGCCAUGGGUUGCUCUGCUUCCAGAGGCCUCCUUCUGAUCCUGAAAUGCUCACUGGGCUCCUGACUGGUGCUCCUACGCAGGUAGGCACUGACAGAACUGCAGAGCUGUGUCUCUAGCCAGCAGCACACACACACCCCUCUCCUAAAUCUACCUGGUUGGUUCUAGACUCUAAACUUUGUAUUUUUUUCCAUGACAUUGAUAAAGCAGUAAGAAAAUAUUAAAAUUUCCUCCUAGCA